AUGAUCUACGAGACCAUUAAGCAAUCCGGUACUCAAUACUGUACUGCCGCAGCGGCCCUCUUGGUACGUUGCCCAGAUGUCCUGUUUAAAGCAUAUGCUGCUGGUCGAAGGCUGAAGUAUCCACACGAAUACCGACGCCGGUUCUCCGGGCCAUGGUUUGCAUCAUUGACUAAUUUGUGGUUAGCCAGAGCUGGGAGUUCUGGUCACUACUGUAAGGAUCUUCAUGAGCUCCAUGAGAAAUAUGGAAGGUUUGUGAGGAUUGGACCCAAUCAUAUUAGUAUCGCCGAUCCUGAUGCGUUGGAGAUUGUUUAUGGGCAUUCGAGCGGUCUUCUCAAAUCGGAAUUUUACGAAAUACUGCAAUCGGCAGAGACCAAAGAUGUUUUUAGUGCCCGUGAUAAGGUUGUUCACACCAUGAAGCGAAAGCGCAUUGCAAAUAUUUACAGUGCACAGAAUGUCUUGAGCUUUGAGCCACGUGUGAAGGAGCAUAUCCGGCGGUUCUACAUUCAACUGGAUAACCGAUGUGAACAGGCUCUCAAAGGCAAAUCUGGGUUUAAUUGGAGUGUUCAAAAGAGCCGAGCGGUUCUCAACAUUUGUCCGCAGUUCGCCUAUCUCUCUUUUGAUAUUAUUAGUGAUUUGGCUCUCGGAGUACCCUUCGGAAUGGUAGAAAGACAGAAAGACUCGACCCCAGCUUCAUUAUCCACCGUAUCUGAAAGAAAUGUAGAGGGGGUGCCUAUAAUUCGUCUCAUCGCCGAUGGAGGAAAAAUCGGAUUGUCUAUUGGCCCAUAUCCUGCAUGGUUCCAGAAGCUACUCAUCAUGGCCCCUUGGCAUAAAAAUGACUCGGAUAGUCGCCGUAACUACUUGGAAACUACGAAGGCCCUGGUCGAUGCGCGUAUCAGCAGGAUAGGAAGAGAACAACCGGAAGAUCAAGAGCGCGGGCCAGACUUGCUGGACAAGCUGUUUGAAGUCAGGAACCCCGACGGGUCGCCAAUGUCGAGAAAAGAGAUUGACUCUGAAGCUCUUGUGACCAUUGGAGCUGGAAGUGAUACAACUGCAAACUCUUUGAGUGCUCUCUGCUAUUACGUUGCUUCCAACUCUGUAAUCAAGAGUAGACUUCAAAAGGAACUCGACUCGGCUCUCUCUUCCGUCGAGGAACCGGGGAAAGAUCAAUCUGGGGUCACACCACCGAGUCACGAGCAGGUUAAGGAUCUACCAUAUCUCAAUGCGUGUAUCAAAGAAGCUUUGAGGCUUUAUUCUACCAUAGGGCUUGGGCUACCCCGAACUGUUCCGGCGGGAAAGACCCUCAAGAUUGCUGGGGAGAUAUUCAACGAGGGAAGCGUUAUCAGCGUGCCUUCUUAUUCCACCAACAGGUCCAAUGUCUGGGGACCUGACUCUCAUGACUACAGGCCAGAACGAUGGCUAGAGGACGGAUCUACGGCGUUAAGCAAGUACUUUGUUCCGUUUUCAACAGGUCCUCGUGCCUGUAUUGGUCGCAAUUUGGCCAAUAUGAAUAUGCUGCUCAUCUCCGCUGCAUUUUUUCAUAGAUACGAUGUUGAGCUAGCCAAUCCCGAUGCCAAGCUUGAAGUAGCCGAUGCGUUUGUCAGAGAUGCAACUCGCUGCGAGGUAUCCCUCAAGCGGCGGUUCUGA